AAGAGUGCAUAUAUUGUGACAAUUGGGCAAAAAUAUUAUUCUCCAAGAGUAAAAAGGGGCAAACACAAACACACACACAGAAUAUUUCAUCUCGGUGAUAAAGGCUUUUGAUGAUAACUCAAAUUCACCAACAAUUUCUGCAUUAGGUUGAAUGGAGGGGCACAAAAGGGACCGAGUCAAGUAAGUGUAUAUUCUUCGUGCUGUCCUGGCAUAAACAGUAUUAUUAUUUUUUCCAAGUAGCAGAAAUAAUGGAGUGCAAUAGAGACGAAGCUAAACGGGCGAAAGAAAUUGCUGAAAUUAAAUUUUCUUCAAAAGACAUCACGGGGGCAAAAAAGUUUGCUUUAAAGGCACAAAACUUGUAUCCGGAUCUUGACGGUAUUGCUCAAAUGAUAGCAACUUUGGAUAUUUAUAUUGCCGCAGAAAAUAAAACAAAUGACGAGUCCGAUUUUUACGGGAUACUUGGCGUAAGCCCAUUCGCUGAUGACGAUACUGUGCGGAAGCACUACAGAAAACUAGCGUUAUUUCUUCAUCCCGAUAAGAACAAAUCCAUAGGGGCAGAUGGGGCGUUUAAGUAUAUAUCGGAAGCGUGGAGUUUGCUUUCAGAUAGAACUACACGAACCGCUUAUGAUCAACGGCGGCAAAUAACUGCCCAAAACGGCAGUACGGCGCCAGCUGGACAGAACGGGUUCUACAAUUUUACAAGUACGACUGCUGGAGCGAAAGCGACAAGCAGUACCCCGAAAGAACAUAAACCGAAAACGCAGAAGACGUUCUGGACAGUAUGUCACGGAUGUAAAAUGCAGUACGAGUAUUUACGAAUGUAUUUACAUCAAAAUCUGUUGUGCCCUAAUUGCCAUGAACCGUUUUUAGCUAUGGAAACCGCACCGCCAUUCACGAAAGUUUCGACUAAAGGUUUCAAAAGUCAGAAAGUUAAAAACGCGUCGAACGCUGGAAAGCACAGGUCAACAAGUCAGAGCUUUCAGUGGGCCCCGUUUUCCAAAACGGGUUCUCCUGCAUCUUCUUCUCAAGCUGCAACGAUGGUCCAACUAGCCUAUGAGAAAGUCAAAAGAGAGAGAGAAGAAGCUCAAGCCGCUACUAAAAGAGAGGAAGCUUUAAAAAGGAAAAAGCUUUCGAAAAGAGCGUUUAAGUAUUCGUCAUCCAGGCUUUUUAAUUCCGUGAAGAAAAAUCCGGAAGAAAUUGAUGCCGGUAAAGGUGUUUUGGAUAUCGAUAUUCAAGCUCGAUUAGUUAAAAAGGCGCGAAACGAAAUCCGGAGGAAAUUACAUGAAUGGAAAUCAAAAAGCGGUCAAAAAACUGGUCAAACGGUGGUCAACUCUAAAGAACAAAAAGACGAAGAAAUACAUAAUGAGUUCGUAAAUGGAAAGUCAAUGGAUAACACAAUUGAGCCACUUGUAAUCGAUGUUCCGGAACCCGAUUUUCAUAAUUUUGAUCGGGAGAGAUGCGAAACGUGUUUCGAAGAAGGUCAAGUAUGGGCUGCGUAUGACAAUGAUGACGGUAUGCCAAGGCAUUAUGCGAUGAUUCAAAAAGUCAACUCAGUUGACCCGUUUAAGAUAAAGGUACGCUGGCUUAAUUUCCAAACCAACAAGGAGUUGGAUUCAAUAUUUGGAUUCACAAAACCAUUUGGUUUUGGCGAGUUCAGAACGGGCAAACAUGAGACAGUUUCCGUCACUAAUUAUUUUUCACACAAGGUUAAUUUUACAAAAGCGGAAAACGGGUUAUUACAAAUUUACCCUCGUAAAGGCGACGUUUGGGCUUUAUAUAGAAACUGGUGCCCCGAAUGGAAUGGCGAAACACCAAAUGAAGUAAAACAUAAAUACGAAAUUGUCGAUGUUGACGAGUACGAUGAAGAAUCAGGCUUUACGGUUACCCAACUUGUGAAAGUUGCGGGUUUUAAGACGGUUUUUCACAGGCAGAUAAACCCUAAAGAAUUGAGGGUAAUCCCGGAAAGCGAAAUAUUUCGAUUUUCUCAUCAAAUUCCUUCUCACCUGUUGACCAGUCAAGAAUCGGUUAAUGCUCUUAAAGGUUGUCGUGAACUCGAUCCUGCAGCUACCCCUGAUGAGUUUCUUCAAGUUAUAGGUGAUUUACAAGAACCAGAAACCAUCGAAAUUGAUGAUGACGGGGAUGGUGAGUCAAAGGUUGGUGAGUCAGCGGUUUUAGCAGAUGUUAAGGAAGUAGUGGAUGUGGAAGUUUUGUGAGCGGAGAUUUGCGGAGAUAGAUAGAUGAAGAAAGUGGCGGUGUUUGAAGAGGCGAGUGUGCGUUACGCAGUUGGACACUGUGCAUAAUAGUGUGUCCAGCAACUGCUGCUGUUCUUUUAUUAUACUGGAUAUAUGUUGGAUAUCAACUGCCUGAAAAAAAAAACUGUAACGUUGUUAAUUUUGACUUGUGAUUCGGGGUCAAAAUGUUAACGAUGAAUACAUGAUGGAUAUUAUUAGUAUUUUAGGUUUAUUUUAUCUGAUUUUAUAAAAUUUAGUUGUUUCUUUA